AUGCAAAUGGAAACAUACAAGAUUCAGGAUAUGCCAAAACCUGUCAAUCGAGAUGGACCAGGUGAGCAAGGGAAACCUGUGAUUAUCGAGCCAGAGUUUAAAAAAGAAAGAGAUGAAAAAUGGAAAAUAAAUGAAUUCAAUUUAAUGGCAAGUGAUAAAAUUGCACUGAAUAGAUCACUUCCAGAUGUCAGACCUAGAGGGUGUAAUGAUAAAAAGUACCCAGGAAAGCUACCAACAACCAGCGUCAUUGUCGUAUUUCACAAUGAAGCCUGGAGUACGUUACUCAGAACAACACAUAGUAUUAUUAAUCGUUCACCGCGGGAACUUUUAAUGGAAGUCAUUUUAGUAGAUGAUUGUAGCACUCAGGAACAUUUGAAAAAACCGUUAGAUGAUUAUGUUGCCAAAUUACCUGUACCAGUGCAUGUAGAAAGGAUGGAAGUGCGAUCUGGUCUGAUACGAUCGCGUCUUCGUGGAGGAUCGGUUGCCAAAGGAGAUGUACUGACAUAUCUGGAUUCACAUUGUGAAUGUACAGAAGGAUGGUUAGAACCGCUUGUAUCAAGGAUCGGUGAUGACAGGAAAACUAGAGUACAACCAAUCAUUGACAUUAUUGACGAUAGAUCAUUUGCAUAUAUCGGUGCCUCAGAGAGUAAUAGCGGUGGUUUCACGUGGCAACUACAACACCAAUGGGUCAGAAUACCGGAAUAUGAACAGAACAGAAGGGUGUCCGAAUAUGAUAAUAUCAGGCAGGUGACAUUGUUUCACAGGACGCCUACAAUGGCAGGUGGUUUGUUCUCAAUUAACAAGACAUAUUUCGAGAAGAUGGGGGCGUAUGACACUGGCAUGGACGUAUGGGGAGGAGAAAACAUAGAAAUGUCAUUUCGGAUUUGGAUGUGUGGUGGUAAAAUUGAGAUCAUCCCGUGUUCUCGUAUUGGUCACGUAUAUCGCCGAUAUAUUCCGUACAGUUUUCCAAAUGGUUCUGAUCCGACUAUAUAUAGAAAUGCCAUGCGUGUUGCUGAAGUGUGGAUGGAUCAUUACAAGAAAUUCUUUUAUGCGACUCAGACAAAGUUACAUAUGGUUGAUUACGGUGAUGUGUCAGACAGACUCGAGCUUAGGAGAAAACUUGGAUGUCACAAUUUUACUUGGUAUUUGAAAAACAUAAUACCGGAAAUGAUAUUACCUGUGGAUGAUGCAAAUUACUUCGGAGAGAUACGUAAUGAUGCAACGGGACUUUGUCUUGACAGUGCGUCAGGGAAGCCACUGAGAGUAGAUAUAUGUGCUGCUACGAGUGAUCAGAUUUUCACUCUGACAAGCGACCAUCAACUGCGUAUCGGAAAAGAAUGUUUGAUGAAAGACGAUUUUAGCAACCGGGCCGUCCGGCUGGGACAACAGAUCCAGAAGAUCCGGCAACUGGAACCCAUCCCAGAGACAAAACGGCCAGUCUGCCACCCAUUGGGGGGUCUGCCACUUGGUGUUCUGGAACCGAAUACGUCUUGA